GCUGCAAAGUGGCAAGAGGGCUAAGGGCAUUAAGGACUAACCAAAAAUUUAGGAAUCGACUGAGUCGUAAAACCGAGUCCAACUCAACUCGGUCUCAAGAGAAAAGUCAAACGACAACCAGGCAAAAAAUCCACUACAAAAUCGCCCCAAAGAAAGAACAAUUCCCCAAAUCCAAAUCCUUUCUCCGAGAAUGGAGGAGCAAGAAAAUCUCUUAACUGAAACCGAAAUUCACUACUGGGGCAAAACUCCAGAGGAAGAGUACUACAAGCAACAAGGAAUCAGAGGAUCACAUUCACUGUACACAUCACCAAGGGGCCUCUGUCUCUUCACCAGAUCGUGGUUGCCAAUCUCCGCCGCCCCACCACGUGGCGUCAUCUGUAUGGUUCAUGGCUAUGGCAACGACAUCAGCUGGACCUUUCAGUCCACAGCUAUCUUCCUUGCUCAGAAGGGUUUUGCUUGCUAUGCCAUCGAUAUUGAAGCGCAUGGUAGAUCUCAAGGCCUCAAGGCGUAUGUCCCCAAUGUCGACCUUGUGAUUCAAGAUUGCGUUUCUUUCUUCAAUUUUAUAAAGCAAGAUCCGGAAUUUCAUGGGUUGCCUUCAUUUUUGUAUGGUGAGUCAAUGGGUGGUGCUAUUUGUCUCCUGAUUCAUCUCUCAAACCCUAGAGGGUUUGAUGGUGCAAUCUUGGUUGCACCCAUGUGUAAAAUCUCAGAAAAUAUGAAACCCAGGUGGCCAAUUCCUGAGAUUUUAUCAUUUGUUGCAAAAUUCUUUCCCACCUUGCCAAUUGUACCAACUGCAGAUGUUCUGUCCAAGUCAAUCAAAGUUGAGGAGAAGAAGAAAAUUGGGCUGAUGAACCCAAUGAGAUACAGUGGGAAACCAAGAUUGGGAACUGUAGUGGAGCUGGUGAGAGUUACUGAUUAUCUGAGUAAAAGAUUAAGUGAUAUAAGCAUUCCUUUUAUUGUAUUACAUGGGAGUGCAGAUGUUGUUACAGAUCCAAAUGUGAGUAGAGCUCUGUAUGAAGAGGCAAAGAGCAAAGACAAAACAAUCAAGAUCUAUGAUGGUAUGAUGCAUUCAUUGCUUUUUGGUGAGACUGAUGAGAAUAUUGAAAUUGUUAGAGGUGAUAUUCUGUCUUGGUUGAAUGAUAGAUGCCAAGGAAAUUGAUUCUUCUGAUUACUUUUUUUAUGAUGGUUGAUUGUUCACAUCUGUUUCAGACUGUGUAGACCUGCCGAGAUUUCUGUAGUGUGUUGCGCAGCAAAUGUGAAGGAGAAUUUUGCUUUCUUUUUUUUAUUUUUUUGAGCUACAAGAUUUGCAUUGGAAUUAUCUCUGUUCAUGACU